AUGCAACAAUACAAUGCAGCUGAAAGGAUCUUUGAGAUUCUGACAUUUGCACGCGAAGGUAAGGGCGGAAAUAUCCAUAAAGUCUCUGUCGAAGGGAAAAAGUGUUCGUGUGGGAAGUGGAGAAACUACCAUAUGCCAUGUUCACAUGCAAUUAAAUUUUGUUAUAUCCGCGGAAUUCAACCAAAGACCUAUGUUAGCAAGUACUAUAGUUGCAGGUUUUACAAACAAACGCACAGUGAAAAUUUUUCACCGUUGGGUGAUGAGGCAUAUUGGCCACCUUCUCCCUUCAGUACUAGAACAAUACCAAAACACGUCGUACAUGACGCAGAAGAAGAAGAAGAAACACUCGAGAAGCUUCUAGAACCAUUCUCAGAGGAUCAACUUACAAAGCUUAUCAAACAAGUUAUAGCUAAAAACCCUAAUUUCAAAGUGCAUAUUCAAAAACUUGCCGAUAAAGAUUCGACACACAGGAAAAUCUUCGUGUACGGAUUAGGUUGGGAUACAACAGCUGAAACCUUAACUGGUGUGUUUGAAAAGCACGGUGAAAUUGAGGCUUGCAAUGCCGUUACGGAUAAGGUUUCGGGGAAAUCAAAAGGUUAUGGGUUUAUAUUGUUUAAACAUAGGAGUAGUGCUAGGAAAGCUUUGAGAGAACCACAGAAGAAAAUUUGUACAAGGAUGACUUCUUGCCAGCUGGCGUCUGCUGGUCCGGUGCCAGUCCCGGUCCCACAGGUCCUCGGGGUUUCGGAGUAUACGCAGAGGAAGAUUUUUGUAAGCAAUGUGGCUGCUGAUCUUGAUCCUCAAAAGUUGUUGGAGUUUUUCUCAAAGUUUGGUGAAGUUGAGGAGGGUCCACUUGGAUUGGAUAAGCAAACUGGGAAACCUAAGGGGUUUUGUUUGUUUGUGUAUAAGAGUGUUGAGAGUGCAAAGAAGGCAUUGGAGGAGCCACAUAAGAGCUUUGAAGGGCAUAUCCUUCAUUGUCAGAAGGCAAUUGAUGGGCCAAAACACAGUAAGCAGCAACAACAUUACCCUCAGCAGCAGCAACAACAACAUUAUCAGCGUCCUGCAAAGAAGGCGAAAUAUUCAGGUAGCAGUGGCGGUGCAGCAUCAGCUGAGCAUUUGAUGGCGCCAUCAGGGUCUGCAAUUGUGGGAUUCAACCCUGCUGUUGCAGGGGUGACUCCAGCUCUUGGGCAGGCGCUGAUAGCCCUAUUAGCUAUGCAAGGAGCAGCUAGUUUGGGGAUGGGAAAGUGGUACCUGUUGUAAAUAACUAUUGGUUAGACAAUGUAAAUUUGGUUUUGGGGCAACAGGAUGUGAUUAGCCAUUCCCAUUGAUUUAUUUAUGAAAUUUUCCAAUCUGCAUUGGUUGGACCAGGGGAUUUCUAGUAAUAAGUUAUGAAAAGAAAGAGUUAAGAUGUUAUAUUAAAUUACUUUAUAAGCAGGACUUCAUCGUCCACGCGGAGUAGUUCUAGAAUUUUGUCUUUUGGUGCUCUAAGAUAUUGUUCAUCCUGCCUCUCUAGCUGUGCCCUUUUCUUAACGGAUAAAAAUGUCAGGUGCCUUAUUUUUUU